GACCUGGAGGUGUUGACUUCAGCUACUCUCUCCAAGCUGGAGGAGAUUAAGGACAAGACAGCCACUGGUCUGUCUCACAUCAUUGAGACCCGGAAGAUUCUGGACCUGAAGAUUGACCUAAAGCCUUCAUACCUGCUGGUGCCUAAGUCUGGCUUCUACCACGCCAAGUCUGACCUGAUGAUCAUAGACUUUGGUAGUCUACAGCUGGUGAGUGUGGGCCAGGGGAACCCCCAGUCUUUAUCUCCCAGUUUCAGUUCCCUGGAGGAGAUUAUGGACCGUGCCUACGAGAAGUACUCACUGGAGCUACGUAGUGUCCAGGUCCUUUACAGCAAGUCAGGUGAGGAGUGGAAGACGGCCCGUCAACGUGGUUCCUCUGUACAGCACAUCCUGCAGCCCAUGGACUUCAGCCUCCAGCUGGCCAAAUGCAUGGUGGAGAAGGACACUAGGAUGUCCAGAUUCAAGGUGUCUGGAGAACUGCCUCUCCUCCAUGUGAAGAUCUCAGACCAGAAGAUCCAGGGAGUGUUGGACCUGGUCAACAGCAUCCCCUGCCCCAGAGUGAUUCCACCCUUCCACCCCCACCCAGAAGAAGGUACAGUUGGUAUGCCCCAGAGUGAUUCCACCCCUUCCACCCCCACCCAGAAGAUGCUGAGUUUGUCUGAGGCCAGGCCCAACGUCUUGGGUUUACAGUCCACUGUCCUGCUGGAUGCAUUAGAGACAGACUCAGAUGGAGAGUCAUAUUAUAUGUCCGUGGAUGAUGAGCACCAACCCUCCGUCAUAGAGGAGCUGACUGACGUACACUUCAAGUUUGAAGUCAAAGCGGUGCUAUUGGAGUUGACGCGUCAGGCUGACCAGGAGAACACGCUGUUAGCCCUCAGUGUGUCUCAGCUGGGAGCAGAGGGCAAGAUGAGAACCUAUGACCUCACCAUCACCUCCUACCUCCGUAAAGUAGGCCUGGACUACUGUGAGAUACGAGACUCCAAUAACCAGCCUCUGCACCUGAUCAGCUCCUCAGACAAGCACGGCUCAGACCUGCUCAAAGUGGAGUACACCAAAGCUGAUAUCAACGGGCCUAAUUUCCAGACCACGUUUGACAACACUGAGCAAAACCUGAAGGUGGAGUUGUCAUCUCUAGACUUUCUCCUCCACACCAAAGCGCUCCUCUCCACCAUCAACUAUCUGAACACAGCCGUACCCCAGGAGCUGACAGCCUCCAAGGACAGAGAGGCCAAGAAACAGGUGGAGAAGGCUGGACAGGGGAAGACAGUGUCGAAAGGAGCAAAAAACAGCAAUGUGACAAACUUCAAACUGUCUGCUAAGCUGGGUUCAUUCCGUGUGGAGGUGUGUGAUGACCGGCGGAACAUCGCUGACAUCACAAUACAAGGUAUUGAUGGGUCGGUGCUGGUCCAGGCCAAAGAGACAAUGCUGUUUGCCAGGCUCAGGGACAUAGUGGUGCUGGAUGUCGACCCCAAAACCAUCCUCAAAAAGGCCGUCUCCAUCGUGGGCGAGGAGGUGUUCAGCUUUCAGAUGUCCCUGUAUCCCAACGCUACGGAGGGAGAAGGUUACUCAGACACCUCCAAGGUGGACGGGAAGGUUACCAUGAGGCUGGGCUGCAUCCAGAUCGUCUAUCUGCACAAGUUCCUUAUGUCUCUACUGACAUUUCUGGAUAACUUCCAGACGGCCAAAGAGGCGGUGAGUGUGGCCACGGCCCAGGCAGCAGAGAAGGCGGCCUCCAGCGUCCGAGACUUUGCCCAGAAGAGCUUCCGUCUCUCCAUGGACAUCAAGCUGAAGGCCCCUCUCAUCGUCAUCCCUCAGUCCUCCACCUCACGCAAUGCGUUUGUGGUGGACCUGGGGCUCAUCACCGUGGGCAACAGUUUCAGUCUGAUGUCGGCUGAAGGGUUCUCACUGCCCGCUGUGUUGGACACCAUGGACGUCAAACUCACUCAGCUCAAACUGUCCAGGACCACGCUGAAACAAGGCUCCCCACAGACAGACAUUGAGAUCCUUCAGCCAAUCAAUUUAGAGCUUCUGGUCAAACGGAACCUGGCCUCUUCCUGGUACAACAAGAUCCCUGGAGUAGAGGUUCAAGGAAUGCUCAAGUCUAUGAAUAUGGCUCUGGGUCAGGAGGACAAGGUGUCCUGA